GGUGGCUACACUGGCUACUGGCUGGUGGCGUAGUGGAUGUGGUUAACUGGUUACUGGUGGUUACGUUACGUUGGAUCUCUUUGGAUCACGUUGGAUGAAAAUUAAGCAAGGUGGUUUAACGGGGAUUUAACGAGAGGUACGAGCGUCGAGUAGAUGCCGAAAAAUAAAGAAAAUAGCAAGCGAAAGAAGCAAAUGGAGGACGAGGGCGACGAGGAUUAUCGAAAGCGGCGGGAUCGGAAUAACCAGGCUGUGAAACGAUCGAGAGUGAAAAGUAAAUUACGUACGCAACAAACCUUGGAACGAGUAAAUCAAUUGAAAACGGAAAACGAAUUGUUGGAGGAGAAAAUUAAAAUGCUCACCAAGGAGCUUGGGUUUCUCAAGGAUCUUUUUAUUGCACACGCAGGAGGAGGUUCCAGUCAACACUCGAUGAAUAUUCAAGAUCUAGAUCUGAAUUCUCUCCUGGCGGAAGAAAAACCGACGGAAGAAUCAUCGGUUAUAAAGACGUCAGUUAUCAAGUCGACUACCAAGCUGUAAACCUAUAUAAGCUCCACGUGAAGAAAUCAGCGUGGUAUUAAAAUU